AUGGUUUCUGAUAUCGAUCAAAAGGCAAUCAACACUAUUCGUACAUUGGCCGCUGAUGUUGUUUUUAAAGCAGAUUCUGGCCAUCCUGGUGCUCCCAUGGGUCUUGCUCCUAUCGCGCAUACCUUGUUCACCCAGUUCCUUCGCGCUAAUCCCAAGAAUCCUUACUUUAUCAACAGAGACCGCUUCUUACUGUCAAAUGGUCAUGCCUGUGCUCUCCAAUACAUCCUUCUUCACUUCUUAGGAUAUAACCUCACCAUGGAAGAUUUAAAGCAAUUUCGUCAAGUGGGCUCGAAGACACCCGGUCAUCCUGAACGUAUUGAUACAGAGGGCGUCGAAGUGACUACAGGCCCCUUAGGUCAAGGUAUUUCUAAUGCUGUUGGUAUGGCUGCUGCCGAAGCUCACUUGGCAGCCACGUACAACCGACCUGGUUACAACAUUAUUGACAACUAUAUCUAUGUUAUCCUUGGUGACGGCUGUCUUCAAGAAGGUGUUGCUUCUGAAGCUGCUUCAUUGGCUGGACAUUUGCAACUUGGUAAACUGAUUGCCAUAUACGAUGAUAACCAUAUUACUAUUGAUGGUGACACCGAUGUGUCCUUUACCGAAGAUGUUAUCAAGCGAUUUGAAGCUUAUGGAUGGCACACUCAAGUAAUCAAUAAUGGUGAUACUGAUAUUGAAGACUUUAAGAAGGCUAUUGUCGAAGCUCAAAAGGUCACUGAUAAGCCUUCUCUGAUCAAAGUAAGAACCACUAUCGGCUAUGGUUCUUUGAAUCAAGGUAAAGAAAAGGUUCAUGGUUCUCCCCUUAAGGAGGACGAUAUUAAGCAACUCAAACAAAAAUUCGGUUUCGACCCCGAAAAGACUUUCCAAGUUGACAAUGAUGUUUAUGAACUCUAUCACAAGCGUGCUCAACAAGGUGCUGAAUAUGAAAAGCAGUGGAAUGAACUGUUUGAAAAAUACAAAAAGGAGUACCCCAAGGAAGCCAGUGAACUUGUUCGCCGCUUCAGCCAGAAAUUACCUGACGGUUGGGAAAAAGUUCUUCCUCGUUUCAAGCCUUCCGAUUCAGCAGCGGCAACACGCAAAAUGUCAGAAACCGUUCUUACUGCCCUUGCAGACGCCAUUCCUGAACUCCUAGGUGGUUCUGCCGACUUGACCGGUUCUAACUUGACACGCUGGAAAGACGCAGUUGACUUCCAGCCUCCAUCAACUGGCCUUGGUGAUUAUUCUGGACGCUAUUUCCGUUUUGGUGUACGUGAACAUGGUAUGUUUGCCUUCUUGAACGGUAUGAGUGCCUAUGGUGGCAUCAUUCCAUUUGGUGGCACUUUCCUUAACUUCUUGACCUAUGGCUGGGGCGCUGCUCGUCUCUCUGCCUUGUCUCAUUGCCGUGUUAUCUACGUGAUGACACACGAUUCCAUUGGUCUUGGUGAGGACGGUCCUACUCACCAACCUGUCGAAACCUUGGCUCUCACUCGUGCCACGCCCAACAUGCUCACCCUUCGUCCUGCAGACGGCAAUGAAGUCUCGGGUGCUUACUGGGUCGCCCUUCAAAACAAGGAGCGUCCUUCUGUAUUGGCACUCUCUCGUCAAGGCUUGCCACAGCUCGAGGGAAGCUCACCCGAGAGUGUUCUCAAGGGCGGCUAUGUACUCCAGACGGACGACAAGCCUCAAAUCAUUUUUGUCGCAACAGGUUCUGAAGUCACCAUCGCUGUGGAUGCACACAAAAAGUUGAAAGAACAGGGAAUUCCCUCCCGUGUGGUCUCGAUGCCUUGUACUGAAUUGUUUGAUGAACAACCCAUUGAAUAUAAGAAACAAGUCAUUCCUUCUGGAACCCCUGUGAUCUCAAUUGAAGCUCUUGGUACCUUUGGAUGGGAUCGCUACUCUCAUGCUCAUAUUGGUUUGCAUACAUUUGGUACUUGUGGUAAAGUGGGUGAUGUAUACAAGCACUUUGGUAUAACCUCAGAACAUGCUGUUCAAAAGGCAAAAAAUGUUAUUGAACACUUUAAGAAGCUUGGUCAUGUUCCUGAGUUGAACGUUCAACUUUAA